AAUUCUUGAACUUGGAACUGAUCGUGAGUAAGGAAAUUGCCAGUAUACCUAAGACUUAAAAUAUUCCUCGAUUUGGCAACACAGCGCCAGUUUCUUAAUUCUGAUAAUUGGUCUCCCCUCCUCAAUACGUGAUAAGUAAGCACUUUCAUCUGGGAGCAAUUCACUGAUUGUGAGCAACUGUCAAACCAAGUUCUUGCUGCCAAUCAGUUAUCUCAUAUAUUCGUUAGGAUAGUUCAACCUGCUUGUUUACAAAAGUCAGUUGUGUUUAGCAGGCUCGGUUCUUUCGGAUUGACUUUCAGCAACCACCAGUCAACCUCAGCGCACUUAUACUCCUGAUUCUCAAGUUAGUUUUUAAUGACCUUAGCACAUCAUGGCCUGCAAGAAGUUAGUAAACGAUCCAGAGAAUUGUGUUGAUGAGAUGCUUGAAGGUGUCAUCGCGCUUUAUCCUGCUCUGUCUCUGAUUCGUAAAGAAAGAAUAAUUUUUCAUUCCAAAAUUAGAAAAGGAAGAGUGGCUUUGGUUGCUGGAGGUGGCUCUGGACACGAGCCUUUCGCUGCUGGAUACGUCGGAGAAGGAAUGCUCACUGCAGCUGUCGCUGGAUCGAUUUUUGCUUCUCCACCAUCAUCGAAUAUAUUUCAUGCUUUAAAAGUUGUUGCGGAGUUAAAUGGAAAUGCUGGAAUCCUACUUGUUGUGCCAAAUUACACAGGAGACCGAUUGAAUUUUGGUCUAGCUGCAGAAGAAGCAGCCUGUUUAAAUAUUAAGGUAAAAACCAUUCAUGUUGGGGAAGAUUGUGCUUUGUUAUCCAAUGGCACAGAAGGUUUUGGAUGUGGCCGAGGGCUUUGUGGUAACCUGUUUGUAUUCAAGAUAGCUGGAGAAAUGGCAGCCCAGAACAAUAAUUUGGAAUAUAUUUAUAAAGUGAGUGAAAAAGUGCGUCAGUCAAUGGCAACGUUUGGCGUUUGUUUGAAACCAUGCAGCCUCCCUGGGCAAGAGAUCCUGUUCCAGCUUGCUGAUGAUGAAAUAGAAUUAGGCCUUGGAAUUCAUGGUGAAGCCGGUGUGUCGAAACAGAAGUUCACAACAGCAUCAGAAAUUGUCCAACUCAUUCUUGAUAAGCUAUGCAGUUGCCUAUCUUUGACAAAGGGUUCAAAAGUUUGCGUUUUGAUCAAUAAUUUGGGUGGGACCACGCAACUGGAAAUGGGCAUUGUUGCUAGCAACGUCAAAUCUCAAUUAGGUGAAAGAGGUAUUACCGUCCAUCGUAUGUAUGCUGGUGCCUUGAUGACAUCUCUAGAAAUGUGUGGAGUUCAAGUAUGUCUUUUGAAAAUCCACGAAAACCCUGAAUGGUUGGUUUACUUGGACGUCCCUACGGAUGCACCAGCCUGGCCUGGAUCCCCCUCCAGUGAACCAUCUUUCUCUGCGGCUUCAGCUGUGCCAAGUGGCUGCUCUAAAGAGAGCUUACCAUCAGGGAGUAAUGUACAUUUGAAAUUUGAUGAACCCACUGUUAGCAUCUUCACAUCUUGUUUGAGAAAUGUAGCGGGCAGCCUGAUCAAUGAAUCGAGUAAACUGAAUGAUUUGGAUAGUGUUUGUGGCGAUGGUGACUGCGGUAGUACUUUACACCGAUUUGCUACAGAAAUUCAUCAAGCUCUGGAACAACACAUUUUGAAGUUGGAGUCACCCAUCAUGUGCUUACAUCAACUUGCUAAAAUAGCAGUGGAAAAAAUGGGUGGCACAUCGGGGGCAGUUUACGGUCUUUUUCUAAGAGGAAUUGCUUCUUCUUUAAGAGGUACCUCAGCUUCAGAUUGGGCCUCUGCUUGGAAAUCAGGCAUUGACUGCAUCUUGAAAUACAGCUCUGCAAGAUUAGGCGAUCGAACUCUGUUAGAUGUAUUGAUUCCUGCAUGUGAAGUCUUUGAAGAUAGUCUUGAAACAAGUGAUUCAAUCAAGGUAGUUCUACAAAGGGUGAUAGAUGAGGCAAAUAUUGCUUGUGAAAAAACAUCCAAAAUGAAAGCAAGAGCUGGUCGAGCAAGUUAUGUGAAUGCUGCAUAUGUUUCUGAUGUUGACGCAGGAGCGUAUGGAGUGACGGUGAUACUGCAAGCCAUCAAAGAAUCUAUUUCGUAGUUAUAUGCUUGCACAUAUCAGUCAUCGGGGUCUCAUCAAGAAUCAAGUUCCUAGCCCUAGAAUUUUUUGAAUUUGUCGACAGUACUAUCUACUUUUUAUUUUUAAUACCUUUUAGGUUCUGUAGCAAGUUGGUUUUUUUUUCAUAUUUUGUUUACCUGCAAAUGAAUCAAUGGUAGUCCUGUAUGAUGAAAUAUUAAAGAAUAAAGUAUUAAAUUUUAUCAUGGAAA